UGCUUCUUCUUCUUCUUCUUCUUCUUCUUCUUCUUCUUCACCAUCUCUUCCCUGAAGAAGUCUCUUUGCCGCACCUCAUUUCAGCUCUCCGGUGGCUGCUGAUGAUCCCGAGCUUUGAGUCUUUGACCGCUUUGCAUCUUCACCAUCCCCCUCCAGAUUCUCUCCGUCUCUCUGAUCUGCAACGCGGUCCUUCCGCUCCGACAGCUGAUGGGCUGAGCUUUGGCGAGCUUAAUUGAACGAGCACCGUCAUCCAGAGAUUUGCGGCCUAUUCAGAAGAUACUACAAUGAGCUGAUCAUGGUGGACAGUGUCAAAUUGGGACGCCCGCUUCAACGAUAAAGAUGAAGCGAUAUGUUUAUAUCAACGAGGAUGAGUCAUCCCACGAUCUUUACCGUGACAACCGCAUAUCCAACCGGAAAUACACUACGUUGAAUUUCCUCCCCAAGAAUCUAUUGGAGCAAUUCAGCCGGUUCAUGAACCAGUACUUCUUGCUGAUUGCCUGCCUUCAGCUGUGGCCGCUUAUAACUCCAGUAAAUCCUGCCAGCACAUGGGGUCCCCUUAUUUUCAUAUUUGCAGUCUCCGCGACAAAGGAGGCAUGGGAUGAUUACAACAGAUAUCUCUCCGACAAGAAAGCAAACGAGAAACGAGUUUGGAUUGUUUGGAAUGGGAUAAAAAAGCAGAUCAAAGCACAAGAUAUCCAUGUCGGCAAUAUCGUAUGGCUUCGUGAGAAUGAUGAAGUGCCAUGUGAUCUUGUUCUUCUUGGUACCUCCGAUCCACAAGGCCUUUGCUAUGUCGAGACAUCUGCCCUAGAUGGUGAAACAGAUCUAAAGACAAGGGUGGUGCCCUCUGCAUGCAUGGGAAUAGAUUCUGAAUUAUUGCACAAAAUAAAGGGUGUUAUUGAGUGCCCCAAUCCAGAUAAGGACAUCAGAAGAUUUGAUGCAAAUCUUCGAUUGUUUCCUCCAUUCAUUGAUAACGAUGUGUGUCCCUUAACCAUAAAAAACACAAUCCUUCAGACGUGCUACCUGAGAAAUACAGAGUGGGCUUGUGGAGUAGCUGUCUACACAGGUAAUGAAACCAAGCUGGGUAUGAGCAGAGGUAUACCUGAGCCAAAACUGACGGCGAUGGAUGCCAUGAUUGACAAAUUGACUGGAGCCAUAUUUAUCUUCCAAAUAGUAGUUGUUAUGGUUUUGGGUGUUGCUGGGAAUGUAUGGAAGGACACAGAAUCGAGAAAGAUAUGGUAUGUAGAGUACCCAAAUGAAGGUCCUUGGUAUGAACUUCUGAUCAUACCAUUACGCUUUGAGCUUCUUUGUUCGAUCAUGAUACCAAUAUCCAUCAAGGUGUCUCUGGAUCUUGUGAAAAGUUUAUACGCGAAAUUUAUCGAUUGGGAUCAAAAGAUGAUUGAUGAUGAAACUGGUACUGCAUCCCACGCAGCGAACACAGCAAUAAGUGAGGACUUGGGGCAAGUUGAGUAUAUCUUAACUGACAAAACUGGAACGUUGACUGAAAAUAAGAUGAUAUUCAGAAGAUGUUGCAUCAACGGCGUUUUCUAUGGAAACGAUAGCGGAGAUGCUUUCAAAGAUGUGGAGCUGCUCAAUGCCAUUGAGGCUGGUUCCACCGAUGUGAUCCGGUUUCUAACAAUUAUGGCUAUUUGUAACACUGUGAUACCCGUGCAAAGUAAAUCUGGAGCCAUAUCAUACAAAGCACAAUCCCAGGAUGAGGAUGCUCUUGUGCAUGCUGCUGCAAAGCUGCAUAUGGUUUUUGUAAACAGAAAUUCAAAUAUUCUCGAGAUCAAGUUCAAUUCUUCGUCUAUUCAAUAUGAGCUAUUGGAAACUCUGGAGUUCACUUCUGAUCGCAAAAGAAUGUCAGUCGUGGUUAAAGACUGCAGAAGUGGAAAGAUCUUUCUCCUUUCAAAAGGAGCAGAUGAAGCAAUCCUUCCUUAUGCCUUUGCUGGACAACAGACAAGGGCCUUUGUUGAGGCUGUUGACCAAUAUGCUCAGAUGGGGUUGCGUACUUUAUGCUUGGCUUGGCGUGAAUUGAUGCCAGAUGAAUAUCGAGAAUGGUCCUUGUCAUUCAAGGAGGCUAAUAGCUCAUUGGAAGAUAGGGAGUGGAAGCUAGCUGAAGUUUGUCAAAGAAUAGAGCGUGAUCUUGAAGUUCUUGGAGUUACAGCAAUAGAGGAUCGUCUACAGGAUGGUGUACCCGAAACGAUAGAAACACUCAGAAAAGCGGGGAUCAAUUUUUGGAUGCUGACUGGCGACAAACAGAAUACCGCCAUUCAAAUCGCCCUUUUGUGCAACUUUAUUUCUCCAGAGCCAAAAGGCCAACUACUUCUGAUCAAUGGCAAAACCAAAGAUGAAGUUUAUAGAAGUUUAGAAAGGGUUUUGCUUACGAUGAGGAUAACGACCUCAGAACCUAAGGAUGUGGCAUUUGUGGUUGAUGGAUGGGCUCUUGAAAUUGCACUUACACACUAUCGAAAGGCUGUUACUGAAUUGGCAAUACUGUCAAGAACAGCCAUCUGUUGUCGAGUGACACCAUCACAAAAAGCCCAGCUUGUGCAACUGCUGAAAUCUUGUGACUACCGAACAUUGGCUAUUGGAGACGGUGGAAAUGAUGUGAGGAUGAUUCAACAAGCUGACAUUGGAGUUGGCAUCAGCGGCAGAGAGGGACUCCAGGCAGCAAGGGCUGCUGAUUAUAGCAUUGGAAAGUUCAGAUUUUUGAAGAGAUUAAUAUUAGUUCAUGGGCGUUACUCAUACAACCGAACAGCAUUCCUCUCCCAGUACUCAUUCUAUAAAUCCCUAGUGAUAUGUUUCAUCCAAAUCUUUUUCUCAUUUAUAUCAGGUGUAUCUGGGACCAGCCUUUUCAACUCUGUUAGCCUGAUGGCCUAUAACGUUUUCUACACGAGUAUCCCUGUUCUAGUCAGUGUUCUUGACAAAGAUCUUAGUGAAGAAACUGUUAUGCAGCAUCCACAGAUAUUAUUUUACUGCCAAGCAGGAAGGCUUCUAAACCCGAGCACAUUUGCUGGAUGGUUUGGCCGCUCACUUUUUCAUGCUGUCGUCGUAUUUAUAAUAAGUAUACAUGCCUAUGCCUAUGAGAAGAGUGAAAUGGAAGAGGUCUCCUUGGUUGCACUUUCUGGGUGUAUAUGGUUGCAGGCUUUUGUGAUGACCUUAGAAACCAAUUCCUUCACGAUAUUACAACAUUUAGCGAUAUGGGGGAAUUUGGCUGCCUUCUACAUAAUCAAUUGGAUUUUCAGCGCCAUUCCAUCUUCGGCAAUGUACACGAUUAUGUUCCGUUUGUGCCGAGAUCCGUCUUACUGGAUAACUAUAUUUCUUAUAAUAGCAGCAGGGAUGGGUCCGAUUCUAGCACUGAAGUACUUCAGGUUCACAUACAGACCGAGCAAGAUCAACACGCUGCAACAAGCAGAGCGUUUGGGUGGGCCCAUACUGUCGCUCGGCAGUAUCGAGCCUCAGCCUCGGUCUAUCGAGAGAGAUGUAGCUCCCCUGUCAAUCACUCAGCCCAAGAUGAGGAACCCAGUCUAUGAGCCUCUGCUCUCGGAUUCUCCAAAUUCCACCAGGAGGUCCUUUGGGCCAGGGACACCGUUCGACUUUUUCCAACCUCAGAGUAGGCUGUCAGCCAGCUAUUCGAGAAAUUGCAAGGACAACUGAAAGGUAACACUUUUACUUCCCUGGCCAUCUGAAAGAAGGGUGUACAGUAAGUAGCCGCUCUUCCCAGGAUCAUUAAUCCGAAGGGAGUUAGUUCCAUUUGUUGGUAAAUAUAAACAUAGAUACAGUCGAUCAAUUUAUUGAGAUCGCAACUUGUGUAACUUAUAUCAUUGAUCUCUGAAAGAGCAUGUCGACCUCAUCCUGCCAUCCUUUUUCGA